AUGGGGGCAGAGAUCCCCAGGAGCGUCUCGGAGCUGGUGGCCACGUUCGAGGAGCAAAGGGCCCGCACGUUUCCCUGGAGCCCGCACAGGGAUCGCCCUGCUCCGCACGCCCGCGCCAGCCCCGCGAGCCGCCGUCUGCAAGGGCUUCCCGGCCCCUCGGCCAGCCGGGAGCAGCGGCUCUGCCUGAUGGGCGGCUCUUCCCAAGCGGAGCGAGAGAGCGAGGAGGAGGAGGAGGAGACGCAGCCUUCCUCGGAGCGGGGGCAGCGGGGGCUCAGCUUCAAAUGCCUGCGCUCUCUCCGGCACAAGAUCGGCGAGAGCCGCUGGAGGAGGCAGCAGGACCCGGGCCUCGAUGCAGGCGGCAAGUUAAGCUGUGGAAGCAGCACGAGCCAGGAGCCAGAGGAAAAGAAAAUUGCUCUGGAGCUGCUGGAGACGGAACGGGCUUAUGUGGGCCACCUGCACCUCCUCGACCAGGUGUUCUGUACGGAGCUGAUGAACGAAGCCAGAAAUGGGAAGACGGUCCCAGAGGAGGUGGUGAAAAUGAUCUUCUCCAACAUCUCUUCCAUCUACCAGUUCCAUGCCCAGUUCUUCCUGCCCGAGCUGCAGAAGCGCAUGGAGGACUGGAGCAGCAACCCGCGGAUCGGGGAUGUGAUCCAGAAGCUUGCGCCGUUCCUCAAGAUGUACGGCGAGUACGUGAAGAACUUUGACAAGGCCGUGGAGCUCAUCACCGUCUGGUCAGAGAAAUCGCCCCCCUUCCAGGAGCUCAUUGCUGACAUCCAGAAGAGGGAGGUCUGCGCCAACCUGACGCUGCAGCACCACAUGCUGGAGCCCGUGCAGAGGAUCCCGCGCUACGAGCUGCUCCUCAAGGACUACGUCCGAAAGCUGCCGCCCGCGUCCCCGGACAGGGCCGACGCGGAGAAGGCCCUGGAAAUGAUCUUCAUGGUGGCCAAGCACUCGAACGCGGCUAUCGCGGAGAUGGAGCGGCUGCAGAACCUCUGGGAGGUCUAUCAGAGACUGGGCCUGGAGGACGACAUUGUGGAUCCCUCCAACGAGCUGAUCAAGGAAGGGCCAGUCCUAAAAAUCUCCUCCCGCAACAGCACGUCGGAAAAGUACCUGUUCCUGUUCAACAACAUGCUGCUCUACUGCGUGCCCAAGGUGAUCCAGGUGGGCGCCGAGUUCCAGGUCCACCUCCGCAUCGACGUGGAUGGCCUCAAGGUCCGGGAGCUGAACGACACGGAGUUUCCUCACACCUUCCUGGUCUCCGGCAAGCAGCGGACACUGGAGCUGCAGGCCAGGUCCAGGGAGGAGAUGAACUCCUGGAUCAAGGCCUUCCAGGAUGCCAUCAACAGGAAGAAGAGCAGCAGCGAGAGCUUCAAGACUGCUGCGCAUGGAGCAGAGAUGGAACCUCCUGCGUUGAAGAAAGAAGCCGCAGAGAUAUCGGGCAGGAGUUUGCUGUGCAGCUCCCUGCAGCUGCUGGACAAGAGCAGCAGGGGCGGCACGCGGGGCUGGUUCGUGAUCCCGCGGGACGACCCCCUCGUGCUCUACAUCUACGCGGCCCCGCAGGUGCGAGCGGCGUUCGGGGAACGGAGGGGGUUUGGCCACAUCCGCAUCUGCACAUCCGUGAUUUAG